ACGACUUCCGGGUCAACUUUCCAUGCGAAAUUGACUGUCAGCACAAUUAUCAUCUCGUUAUGAACCACAUUUAGUUAAUUGGCAAGUGUGUGAAGUACUCCAUUCAUAUUUUGUUUCUAAGGUUUAAAACAGUUGCUUCGAUUCAUGCAAGAUGGUGUUUUACUUCACGAGUGCCGUUGUUACACCUCCCUACAGUAUCUACAUGGGGAAAGACAAAUAUGAAAAUGAAGAUCUCAUCAAAUAUGGAUGGCCUGAAGACAUUUGGUUUCAUGUGGAUAAACUCUCUUCUGCCCAUGUGUACCUACGAAUGCCUAAGGGACUGACAAUGGAGGAUAUUCCCAAGGAAGUCUUGAUUGACUGUGCACAGCUUGUGAAAAACAACAGCAUCCAAGGUUGUAAAAUGAACAACAUCAAUGUUGUCUACACACCAUGGGCCAACCUAAAGAAAACAGGGGACAUGGAUGUAGGCCAAAUAGGUUUCCAUCGACACAAGGAGGUGAAGAUCGUGGCAGUAGAGAAGAAGGUCAAUGAGAUUGUGAACAGGGUGGAGAAAACAAAAGAGGAGCGAUACCCUGAUCUAGCAGCAGAGAAAGAGUCUCGAGACAGGGAGGAGAGAAACGAGAAGAAGGCCCAGAUACAAGAUCUGAAAAAGAAAGAGAAAGAUGACAUAAAAAAGAAAAGAGAGCUGGAAGAGCUCAAAAGUUACUCUUCGCUGAUGACGAGUGACAAUAUGACAACAAAUGAGGACGGAAACGAUUCGGAUGACUUCAUGUAAAAGGAGAAUAUGGGACAUCGGUGAGACACCAUCACCUGCAAGUAAACAUUGUUGGGUUGCACCCGCACUGUUAUACCGGACAGUGCUUUGACAUUGUGUAUAUAAAUCGAUAAACUUGCUACUGUAUUUUUGGAACAGUACUCGUGCCAAUUAUGCACAAUUUCAGGACCAUAGUGAACAGCUUGGUUGCCCUACGCUUCUUGAAUUUCAAAGGAAAAAUUCAAAUAUCAUUGGUAUCUUGUACUUUACAUCCUCUGCUUGACUGACAAGAGGGUAACAACAAUCCCAGAUUCCUCAGACAAGUGCUGUCAAGGAUUUAGUCUUGGGACUGCUAUGCUCUAUGCUCUAUGAUCUAAUUAAGAAUUGGUGCAUGUUGACCUAAUGAUUUGAAUGCAUAUAUGAUCUUCUGACCAGUAUGUCUAGCUAUGGGUGAAAUGAAUAUGUACUUGACAUCUAUUAUUAUUUACCUGGCCGAUGGUGCAGGCUUUGUCCUGUCCAGAGACUGGAGCCUAGUAAUUGUGUCCUCAUGAGGCCAUGCAACUGAACGAGUGCUGACGUUAAUAAAAAUCCCCUUGUUUAUCCA